AUGUUAAAAAAACAUCGUACACAUCGAUAAGAGAAUGCAAAACACAACAAUAGCGUUUUAUUAAAUUGUUUUGCAGUAAAUACACAGAAAUAUCUCAAAAAUGGGUGGUGGUGAUCUGAACUUGAAGAAGUCAUGGCAUCCGCACACAAUGAAAAACCAGGAGCGGGUUUGGAAAGCCGAGGAGCAGGCCAAGAUGGAGGAGAGAAAAUUACAAGAUCUACGCAAGGAAAUCCACGAGGAGCGGGAUCGGGAGGAGCUUAGACGCUUGGGCGAGAGCUCUGGUGUGCUGGCCAGCAAUGGAGGAGCACCCGGCGAGGCCAAGCUGGAAUGGAUGUACAAAAACAGCACGGAGCUAAUCAACCGCGAAGAGUACCUGCUGGGCCGUAAGAUUGACAAAUCCUUUGAAACACUGCAGGCCGAGGAGCGGCAACAGGAGCACGGCACAGUGGGCGUCAAGCAGUCCAUCAAUCAUGUCGAGCACGAGUGUGUGCCCUUUUCCAUACGUGCGUACCGCAACCUGCAGUCCACGGAGCAGGUGGACAUGCAGCGCAAGACCAUGGAGGACCCGCUGAUGCUCAUCAAGCAACGAGAAAUGGAAUCCCGACGAAAGUUGCUAGAAAAUCCCGUCAAACUAAAGGAAAUUCAUCGUAUCCUAAAGACAGAGCAGGACCUGAAAGCCGCCAAAGAAAAGAAAUCCAAAAAGAGUAAAAAAUCCAAAAAGAAGAAACACAGCAAGAGGUCCAGCGAUGAAUCAAGCAGCAGCGAAAGCGACGAGGAUCUGGACCGAAAGUUGGCACGACAAGUCAGCAAGCUGAAGGGAGACGCGGGGAAUGAAGACCUAAAACUGGACAAACUAUUGGACGCCAAGUAUCGAACCAUAUCCAAGCAGCUGGACAUGGCCACAAAGCGAAAGAAGAGCAAAAAAUCAAAACGCAAACGCAGCGACAGUAGCAACGAAAGCAGCAGCGAUGAACACUCCCGAAGAAGGGAGACUGAGCACAGGAGAAGGGAUGAGCGGAAUGGGAGCUCGAGGCACAGUCCAGAGGAGCCGAGAGCACAUCGUGGUGGCAGCAGCAGCCGCAACUCACGGCGAGAACCGCAGACACAGCGUCCAAGAAGAAGCCCGGACCGAGGGAACGCACGCAGGGAACGAGAUCGAAGGGACCGCAGCAGCAGGAAUCAUCCAGUUCAAAGAGAACGCAGCAGAGACCGCAGUCCCAUCCGUCGCCGUCGCAGCCCCAUCCACAGUCCGCCGCCGAAACUAGCUUCACCCCCUAAGCGCCAGGCCGGCAAACCAAAGCUCAGCGAAGCCGACCGUGAGGCCCGUCUGCGAGAGAUGAUGGACAAUGCCACAUGGCGAGAGGCUGACCGCACCCAAGCCGUGCGAAAGCACCGCGAGGCAUAUGCCCGAGAAGAAGCGCAGAACAAGGAGCGCGACUUUGACAAGGAGUUCAUCAACAAGGAGGUGAAGAAGGCCAUUUCCAAUCACAACUCGAUUGGCGAUCGCAUUCGGGCCAACCUGAACAACAUCCAGCGCACCUCCUCCGCCAUGGAUACGAACUUUGCACGAAAGUAGAAGCCACGCCACAGCCGUAAGCUAAAUAUUCCUUUAUUUGCAACAAAAUGA